GGGAAUUUGAAUUUGCAACCUUCCGGUUACUAGUCCAUGUCUGAAUUAUUCCACAAAAGAGCUUUAUGUGGGGAAAAAUUGUGCAGGAAACAUAUUUUCCAGGCCAUUAAAGCUUGUUUCUAGACCUGUGCUGGGAUCUGGUGGCAUCCGUGAAGAUUGACUCAAAAAAACAUGCUGCCAAUCAGAUGACUUUGAAGGAGUUGGAGCAUUGAGGAGGAAGUGCAGCCAGCGUAAGCGAACACUGAAUUAUUUCAAUCGGCGAGCGAAUCACUUUAGUCGUACAGGUCCACCAUGCAGACGUUGAGAGAGAAUAAGACUUUGAUUACAGAGAUCCUGUCUGCGGAUCCUGAGUUCAUCCUUCAGCAUGUGCAGCAGGCGAAGAUAGUGAACCAGCGUGAAUACAACAACCUAAACGUCACUGGUCAUCCCCCAGAGACCAUCAUCAUCAAUCUUCUGGAUAAAGUGAUGAACAAAGGAACGGAAAAAUGCCUCGACUUUGUGACCCUGCUGCAGCAACCAAAUAUCAUAGAUACCUACUCUAGAAUGGAGGAAGUAUUCAGCAACAACCUCACAGCACCCAGUGACCACACCUUCAGCACAGGAACCAGAGGCCCAUACACAACCUCCAGUACAGAUACUACUGGCCAGGCGGUUGGAAUGAGCAGUGAGGUCUGUCAAUACCGAAUGACCAGCCUGCCACGUGGUCAUUGUUUAAUCAUCAACAAUGUGCACUUUAUUCAAAUGGGGGAAAGAAGGGGAUCAGACAAAGAUGCUGAGGUUCUGAAGGAUGUGUUCCAGUGGCUCGGUUUUAAGGUGACUGUACUCCUAGACCAGACAGCAGUGCAGGCCCGCGAGGAAUUGAAGAGGUUUGGUGACGAGACGCAUGGUGACGCCUUUGUCUGCUGCGUACUGAGUCAUGGUGGCAAAGGAGUUAUCUAUGGCACAGACGACGAACCCAUCUCCACCAAUGACCUCUUCUCACCCUUCAAAGGCACCAACUGCUCCACCCUCAUUGGCAAGCCCAAGGCCUUCUUCAUCCAGGCAUGUAGGGGGAAAGAUACCCAAGAUAGAGUGCAGUUGGAGGCAGACGAAAAUCCAGGUCACCAGAUCUACAUUCCAGCUGAUGCCGAUUUCCUGUUUGCCAUGGCCACUGUCGAAGACUACUACUCGUUCAGAAUCCCAACCAGUGGGUCCUGGUUCAUCCAGACUCUGUGCAAACAGCUCAAACAGGGCUGUCCCAGAGGUGAUGACAUCCUGACCAUCCUAACACAGGUCAAUAGAGACGUGAGCCAGAUGGAUGACCGAUACCGGGAUAAGAAGUCCGGGGAAUACAAGCGGGCCAAGCAGAUGCCCGAGCCCAAGUACACGCUGACGAAGAGGCUGGUGUUCACAGUGCCGCCCCAAUGAGACGACGCCAGAGAAAGUGAGACAUAUCACAGGCCAUUUUUUUUAUGGUAGGGUAAGAGAGACAGUUCUUAUUGGGCAGUUUCCCAUUGAAAAAAAUCCUGACUGUUUAGGUGGGCGUUCUUUCUCACGUGAGCGUGCCAGAGAUUACCGAGGAACUGUUGGCUCACGCGGGAAAGCAUGUGCACACGGGUGACAGGAACCUUGACAAUUUUUUUCAAUGGUAAACAGCCUUUAUUAGACAUCUUCAUUAUCCACCAUCUUUGACGAUACGCUAUGACCCAACAACUUCAAGACCCAGAGGUCACUUCCUCCUGUUGUCGUGGUCACUGUGGUGUUUUACAUUUAUGUUUUGAGCUGAUCUGCUGCUUGCUGUUGAAAUGAAAUGUUAUGCCUUGUUUUAAUAUUUUUUCAUUUUAUAGUGGGGGGGUGGUUUCGUGCUCGUGGGAAUGUUGCGUUCACGUGCUAGUCGGAACUGGUGGUGAGCUAGCUAACAUUGCUAAUAAUAAUAAAUUCGCUAGCUUGCUUAACAAAUUGGCUACAUUCUCCAUCUUGGUAAGGUUGUAAUUGUCCAACACAGAUUUGUCGUCAUCUUCUGGUUCAAAAGGUAAAACGUCAGUGGCGAUACAUCACAAUUUGGCAACAAGAUUUUCUGAGUUUGCCACUUGGAGUGUUGGUUAAAUUAAAUUUCCCCACUGGGAACUAGGAGCUUCCAAUCGCACGUGAACGCAACUCCAGCAGAUAGACCAAAAGUCCAGGGUUCAUUGCUGCAUCUCCAUCAAGUUAACUAGGCUCGAUUUAACCAAACUAAUAAUGUAUUUGAUAUGUGAAGAGUUCAGGAUCACCAUUCUUUGUAAACAAGUGGAUUCUCAUAGCAAGAACAAAGUAAAUCGAUAAACACAUUGCUUAAGCUUCACUUUAUUGCAUGUUGUGAUUUGAUCUUCUUUCCUAAUUUGGGUUAUUUUUUUACAAUCAUGUUCUUACCUGCCUUUCACCUUAACAUAUUUUAUACCUGGAAAUAAAUAUUUUAAUCGAA